AUGGCGGCCUCAGCCAUGACGGGGCUCACUGUUGCGGUGGUCUUCUUCCACCUGUUAACCACCGCCGCGGCUAUCGACCUGUUACCACCCAUCUUCGGAGGCCACCCGCCGCCACCUGGCAACCCUUAUCUGCCACCACAACCACCAAGGGGGCCUCCCUACAAUAACCCUCCCCCCCCUUCCCCUUCGCCGCCGCCUCCCUAUUAUAACCCGCCCCCCACUCACCCUUCGCCGCCGCCUCCUUCCCCCCCGCGACCGUCGCCGCCGCCUCCCUACUAUAACCCGCCCCCCACUCACCCUUCGCCGCCGCCUCCUUCCCCACCGCGACCGUCGCCGCCGCCUCCCUACUAUAACCCGCCCCCCACUCACCCUUCGCCGCCGCCUCCUUCCCCACCGCGACCGUCGCCGCCGCCUCCCUACUAUAACCCGCCCCCCACUUACCCUUCGCCACCACCUCCUUCCCCACCGCCACCGUCUCCGCCGCCACCACGCUACUCGCCACCUACGUACCCGCCACCCACCCCAUUGCGGUCGCCUCCACCCCCAUCAUACUACAAGCCUCCUUCGAAGUAA